AUGUCUCGGAUGUCGGUGCGUACAUUUCUCGUGACAGCGAAACGAAGUCUGCAGAAGGCAAUCAAAGAGCAAGCGCACACAUCGUUCGUCAUCGGCAAUGAAUCUGCAGAUCUGGACUCUAUCACAUGUGCAAUAGUAUACGGCUACGUACAGUCUAGCAAAGCAGAAUCGAGACGAUAUGGGAAGCUCUGGAUACCUGUCGCCAAUAUCCCGGCCUGCGAUCUUGCUCUGCGACCCGAACUCACAGCAUUGCUCAAGCACGCAGACGUCAAGCCGUCAGAGCUCAUCACUUUGGACGAUCUCGGCUCAGAGCCAUUACCGAAGGACAAGACUGACUGGACACUCGUCGACCACAAUGCCUUACAAGGAAAGCUUGGCGAGCUAUACAGACCUGUUGUGAAAGGAGUCAUCGAUCACCACGAGGACGAGAAGACAGUGCCGGAGAAAGCCGAGCCGAGAGUCAUCACCAAAUCUGCAAGUUGUAAUAGUCUUGUAGUCAAUUAUCUGCGAGACGCUUGGCAAGAUCUGGGCUCAAUGGUUUCCUCGACGAUUGGAGCAGCACAAGAGGACGGCAGACUGGUCGACGACUUUCCAUACGCAUCAACAUGGGACGCACAAGUUGCGAAAUUGGCCCUUGGGGCUAUUCUCAUUGACAGUAUCAACAUGAAAGCCGAGCACAAAGUCACAGAUCACGAUAAGAAAGCCGUGAGAUUUCUUGAAGCCAAGAUCAAUAUCUCACAUAAAUAUGGCAAAGACUACGAUAGAGACCGGUUCUUCAAUGAAAUUAAUACUGCGAAGGCAAAUAUAGAUGAGCUGUCACUGCGAGAUAUCUUGAGGAAGGAUUACAAGCAGUGGCAAGAAGGGGAUUUGACGCUUGGGAUCAGCAGUGUCGUUCAAUCUAUACAGUAUCUGGAAAGCAGAGACGAGGAUUUGUCGGAAUCCAUCAAAGCAUGGGCCAAAGAGCGGAAGCUGAGUAUAUUCGCUGUUAUGACAGCAUACAACGAUGACUCUGGCUUCCAUCGACAAUUGCAUCUUACAACAUUCGAUGCCGGGGGUAGGAAAGCUGCGGAGAAAUUCGUGAGCAAUGCUGGCAAGUUGGACUUGAAAGACGCAAAGUGCUCAAGCACGAGCGAAGGUUCUGACAUCACCUUCCACCACUUCUGGGAUCAGCACAAUCUAGAAGCCAGCAGGAAGCAAGUAGGACCUCUAUUGCGCGAGAACAUCAUCUAA